ACAGUCCAUCGAUGUCUGACGACGAAAAGAACAUACCAACGGCGAGCUCGUUUGAUGACGAUCUCACACUCCCGAAAGCUACCGCUGAGAAGCUCAUAAAAGAAAUGCUUCCACCUGAACUCACAGUAGCAAAGGAGACACGCGAUUUACUCAUAGAAUGUUGUGUUGAAUUUAUACAUUUGGUUUCAUCAGAAGCUAACGAAGCAUGCGAACAAGAUAGCAAGAAGACGAUAUCACCUGAGCAUGUCGUGUCUGCAUUAAAGACACUCGGUUUCGAGACUUACUUGAAAGACAUGGAAGAAGUUCUUAGGGAUCAUAAAGCACAGGCUAAAGUUAAGUCAGCCUGGGAUAAGGAAAGGAAAGGAUCGAGAUUGGCUGCAUCCGGUAUGACAGAGGAGCAGCUUCUCGCACAGCAGGAGGAGCUUUUCGCAGCCUCAAAGGCACGCAUGGAGGCAAGCACGACUGGCCCGCAAGCUGAGUAGCCAGGGUUUUGUAUUUCUAGCGUAUGUUGUAAUAAGUUAUUAAAUUUUGUCCACUUUACUCGCU